GAGAGCAACUUCCAGUUUAUAAAAUAAGUAAACUAAUCUGAAUUGUUUGCAAUGGUAGGAACUGGUUGUAUAAAAUGUUAAUUAGGUGGCCCGUGCUCGAAAACUGCUCUCAGGAUAUGACCAAUGGGAGAGCAGACCUAGGCUCCUUCAUUUGCAUGCAGACUUCACGACAAAAUAACGAAUCAGAGAUGGAGAAACUAAAUCUUCAUUUACAUAACAUUGUCUACAAAUUCCGAGGAUCAGGAGAUGUACAUUUCAUUUUCAUUCCUACCUGCAGAACAGCAAAGAUAGUAUGCCCGAGCCAGCGAAAUCCGCUCCCGCCCCGAAGAAGGGCUCCAAGAAGGCCGUGACCAAGGCGCAGAAAAAGGACGGCAAGAAGCGCAAGCGCAGCCGCAAGGAGAGCUACUCCGUAUACGUGUACAAGGUGCUGAAACAGGUCCACCCCGACACCGGCAUCUCCUCCAAAGCCAUGGGGAUCAUGAAUUCCUUUGUCAACGAUAUCUUCGAGCGCAUCGCCGGCGAGGCUUCCCGCCUGGCUCAUUACAACAAGCGCUCGACCAUCACUUCCAGGGAAAUCCAGACGGCCGUGCGACUGCUGCUUCCCGGGGAGCUUGCCAAGCACGCUGUGUCGGAGGGCACCAAGGCCGUCACCAAGUACACCAGCUCCAAGUAAACCUGGCCCUGCAACUGCCUUAGUACACCCAAAGGCUCUUUUCAGAGC